AUGAAACUUUAUGUCUCAACUCCAGACUUCAAUGGCUGCUUGACAGUGAUUGAUCUAGCGCACCGGGCUGCGAAGAACAGGCUGAGCCUUGUGUCCAGUCGCAAAUUGAAGGAGCAGACAAAGGCCUCAUACAUUCAGAAAAUGCUUCGUUUCAGUCAUAAAGGUGUGAAGUAUCUCGUAUUGGGCAGGAGAGGAGGCACUCUAGAGGUGUAUACUGAGACCGCAAUCCCCGGGGAAGCAGAUGUCGAUUUGAAGCCACUCGGUCGAUGGGACGGCAACACAAAGGACGACAAAGACUUUUUCGUUUCUCUCAUCUUCUGGAACGAUAAUCUGUGUUCCUGUAGCAAUCGAGGGCUUUUGGUGAUGCGGAAUCUAGAUGUCAUGGUUCACAGCACCGAAGUAAGCGAGCAGGAAAUGAACACUUUUUACGUACAACUCAACGAGCCGAUCACCGUCUUUAAGCCUCACUCGGUGGAGAAAUGGUGGGCCAUUACCGGUGGUUACAGCAAUAAUCUGCGGAUUUACAAUUUCACCAAUAUAUACCAAUCGUUCGUGGCUAUGGUGCGAACAGGACCUCAAUUUUCGAAGGCUGUGUUGAGUGCGAGACCGAUAUGGAAGGCCAGCCUUUAUUGGUCUUUCAACCAGCCGAUUGAGGAGUUUCCGUGGAUUCAGGAAGUGAUCUUUUUGGAACAAAAGGCUGAUGCUUCGUCAACUGAGAUCUGUUGUACGACCAAGUUUGGUCAACUGUUACUGUACGAUUCGUCCCAUUCCUACUACCCAAUCUCAGCUACAACUGUUUCCAACCAUCCCGUGUGCUAUGUGAGUCAAAUUUCGCCCAAAUUUGUGCUGUUUGCGGAUUGUGCUGAUACCGUGGGAGUAUUUGACCUUUCGUCUCAGAAAGUACGAAAUACCUUUAGAAUCCCUACUGGUUCACUGUCUUCGAUGGAAGCUAGGGUAUCAGCGACGGAUUCCAGUUUGGUUUAUUUAAUGGUUGUCAGUAUUCUCAAAGUACUUCGAAUAUACAGAUUGGACCAUUUUGGUGGUGGUGCCGAUCUAUUGUUGGCCAUUGACCUGGGCUCUACUGGUCUACAGCUUCUCACAUUGGCAGAAGAUAGUUGGGAUGCCGUGGAUACGUGCCGGUCAUUAACGAGAAUCCCAUGUACAGUGGUUGGUGAUGAUUUCUAA